AUGGCCGAGGUGGAGGUGAUCGAUGCCGUAGAGGAGGAAUCGCAGGAUGCGGAAGCGAACUUUCAACUCACACCUGCCGAGGAGAGGCAAGUUCGAUCACGUCCAGGUCUCAGCCGCUCGGUCAUCGUCCGCUCCAUGCCGAAGAUGCCCAGCAGCGGGUCCCUGGGUGCGGUGGUGGGCAGCUCGCCGAGCCACGUGGCCGCCGCGCCGGUGACGUACAAGUCCAUGGCCGUGCCCAGGACCUCGUUGCCGACCGCCCAGGCCGUGCGGCGCACUGGCAAGGUAACUCACAUCGGCACCACCACCCGCGCCAUUGGGUACCCCGCCUACGGCGCGGUCUCCAUGUUCCCCGCGGAACCAGUGCCAUCCGGCACUGUCACUGUGCCCCGCGUGGUGUCCCCACCGAUGACUCUGGCUCCGGUGACAUCAGUUCAGAUGCCUACCAAUGCAGGGCUGGUGCACGGCCAAGUGGGCAUCCAGAUCACCGGCGUGCGCCGCAUUCGCUGA